AUGAGCACUGACGGGGAAGGAAGAGCAGAAGAAAUAAGGCCGGCUGCCGAAGAAGAGGAGCCGAAAACUUCUGAAGCAUCUAGCAGUGAUUUAGUCGUGAAUACAGGUACAUCCGAAAAGUCAAGCGAUUCCAAGACCCUUUCAACGUGGCAUAUUUUGUUCUCGAGGCAAAAGCGUGCUGAAGAGGGCAUGGCUAAACUGAGGACGUUUUUCAACGAAGCCAGGUACGAACGGUCUUUCCGCGAGACUGUGUUUCAGCUCAGCGAGUUCUUGAAGUUACAUCGUCGGCAACCACCGCAGGAGAGCGCCCCAACGCCAUUGCAACCGUUUGUAGUGGCGGACGAUGCGGCCACAAAAGCCAUCGUCACCAACCGUUUGCGAUCGUUGAUGUCCAACGAGAAACUCAGUCAGCAGUUAGAAUCGCUGUUCGGCGCAGAGCAAUUCAGCAGGGAACAGUUUCGGUGUGAGCCGCUUCGGGGCAUUUCGGUCGACGAGCUGAGUUCACUGCUGCAAAAGUUCCAGAACUACGAAAAGAUGAUCCAGCUGUUGCCGGCCGACUCGUCCUUCACCAACGACUUAGUGGUCGCCGCUGCCACGGCCACUACGGAUUUCGAUUCCGACGAUGAAAUGACGUGCUCAUCGUUGCACUGCCACAUCACCGAUUUGACAAAGACCAUCGACUCCGAUGUCACUGCUUCUAGCUCCGAUGAUGAGAAAGAUGUCGGACAUCGACAUGACCUUAUGCUGGACUAUUUCUUGGAACGAGCAUGGAUCGGCAGCAGAUGGAAGUGGUUGCAGUCGCAGGUGGCUGAUCUCGAGUACAGAAUUAGGCAGAGUGUCGAGAUAUGUAAAUAUACGAAAGUGUACAGCUCGCCCCAGAAUUCUCCCAUCCCUUGUUUUGGGGAUGGUUUUGCUCAGUGUGACAGUCUGAUCGAAUUUGAAUAUCUGCCGCGACGAGACAAAGUUAUAUGGUUGGAUCCAGCCACACAUCCGGUCCUGCGUCAUCAAUCAAAACUCGCUCCCGGCAUUGACAAGCUUCUGCUGGCUAGAUGGAAGAAGGCAACUGAACCACGGAACUUGUUAUCAAAGCGGCUGACACACGCGCUCUACAUGCGAACCAGCAACGUGCUGCAGAACCAAAAGGAGUCAUUCCGCCGUGCCAACAAAUCACUCUUCGCCGUCGACUCUGAGAAGGCGAAACGGCGCUACACGCGCAGGUAUUUUGGUGGACAUUCUUCUGAAAAGCAGUUGGCUACCGGUUUCAAAUUUCGCGCCGAAAAACCAUAUCGUAUCGCCAGGCUGGCUCGAAACUCAACCAGGACCUCGUUCAUGCGCCGUCGACAAGCCGCUGCCACUCGUAAUAACACGGCGACGAAUAUCCAUAAAGAGGAUGCCCCUUCGUCGUCGUCGUCGUCGGCAGCGACAGCCUCCUCCAGACCGUCGACCAGCACCUUCAGACACAAAACGGUUCUAACACACAACUACGACUUGGAUGACGUCGUUAUCGACCUGAAAAUAACUCCUGCUCAAGGAGUUCAGAAACUUCCAUAUAAGGAAAUCAUAACUCCUGCGUAA